UCCAUCUGAACUCUUCAUAACCUUCUUCCUUCCAUCCUUUCUCAUCUAAACUGCCCAUGAAUAAAAAAAAAAAAUCAAAACUUUAGCUCACCAAAACUACAAACACCAUGACAAUUGAACUCAACUAGCAGAAGAAUAGUGACUGAAACCUGCACAGCUCUCGCACCAAACCUUUCAGCCAUGCCAGGAAGCUCAUGGAAAUCUCUUCUCACGAGCUGUUGUAGAAGCUCAAGCAAUGACCAGCAAGAAAAGCUUGCCUCAAAGCAACGACCCCUUCAAUGGCUCUCUUUCUCCGAUCUAAGCCGCUCGCCGGACUCACUUUCUCCCAGCGACCUCUCCAUCUCUCUUGCAGGCUCAAAACUCUUAAUUUUCACCCUCUCAGAGCUUCAAAUGGUGACAGGAGGAUUCUCCAGCAAUAACUUCCUCGGAGAAGGUGGCUUUGGGCCGGUGUACAAAGGGUUCGUUGACGAGAAGGUGAGGCCUGGAAUCGAAGCUCAGGCUGUCGCUGUGAAGUUGCUUGAUCCCAAUGGCACACAGGGCCACAGGGAGUGGCUGGCUGAAGUCAUCUUGCUGGGACAAUUGAGUCAUCCGCAUCUGGUUAGGUUAAUUGGUUAUUGUUAUGAGAAUGAACACAGGCUUCUGGUUUAUGAGUUCAUGCCAAAAGGAAGCUUGGAGAACCAUUUGUUCAAGAGACACUUCACCUCCUUGCCAUGGCUAACAAGGUUGAAGAUAGCAGUGGGAGCUGCCAAGGGACUGGCCUUUCUCCAUGAAACUGAUAAGCCAGUCAUAUACCGUGAUUUCAAAGCCUCUAACAUCUUGUUGGAUUCGGACUUUACACCAAAGCUUUCAGACUUCGGCCUUGCAAAGGAUGGACCUGAUGGAGACAACACACACGUCUCAACUAGAAUUAUGGGUACUGAGGGCUAUGCUGCACCAGAGUACAUCAUGACCGGCCAUCUCACCACCAAAAGCGACGUCUACAGCUACGGCGUCGUACUUCUUGAACUUCUAACUGGGAGAAGAUCAGUUGACAAAACUCGUCCGAGCAGAGAACAGAACCUUGUGGAAUGGGCUCGGCCUUGCCUGAACGAUACAAGAAGGCUACUGCGGAUCAUGGACGCCAGCCUCGAACAACAGUACUCCCACAAGGCUGUUCAGAAGGCAGCACUGGUGGCCUACCAGUGCCUGAGCCAAACUCCCAAAUCAAGACCUCAGAUGUUAGAAAUUGUUGAGAUUCUGGAGCCUCUUUUGGCUUUAGAUGACGGAAUGAUUGGAACCUUUGUGUUCUCUGUGGAAACCGAGGCUGUUGGAGAAGAAGAGGAGAAGAAAAAAGAUGGUGGGAGUUUUAGCAAGGGACAUAGGCGCAAGAUGAGGUCGGGGAAGUCAGGAAGGCGUAGUGAAGUUUUGAUUUGUAGAAGUUCUCCUGUGAAUGAUGGCAGGAAGGGUGUUGGAGCAAUGGUGGUUAAUAUGGAGUGUGAAGAGAUAACUUCUUUAGAAUAGAAAUUAGAAUCUCUCCGGUGAAUCAUAGAUGAUGAUUACCUUCAACAUUCUUCUCAAACGCAGAUGGUUGCAAUUACUGUGUAAGUUUUAGGAGGCGAUAUAUAUCUUCUUAUUUUGCAUGAAAACAAUCAAGAUAUAGUUGUAAAUACUUCUUUUGUUAAUUAAAUAAGAAAAGAUUGUUGUAAGACAAAUCUUAUUUUGCUUUUA